CGCCACCGGGGAUAAGGCUAAGGACAACACACAGUUCUCGUGUCCAGGCCGUCCAUUUCGUGCGCGGGGCCAUUUCGUGCGCCCCCCGCGCACGUAAGCACCGAUCCCCACAUCACGGGCCCGUUCUGGCAAAAAUAUAUAGCCCUGUUUUGAUCCAACGGCUGACAAUCGCAGUGCGCACUCGAUAAAGCCGUGUAUCCACACGGCGCAUGAUAGCCAUCCUCCCCUGAAAAACCUUAUCGUUCUCCCCAGGGAUGCGCGUUACUCCCUCCCCGCCAGUUCCAUAGUUUCUCUCUCUCUCUCUCUCUCUCUUUAAUUUUCUGGCCGUUAUUGACCGUUAAAUAACGCACUUUUUAGGUUCUUAGAUCGGACCCAGGUACGUAUAAAUGUUCUUUAUCUGCGAUUUCAUUCAUCUAUCAAGCAGACAAUGUCAGAAGGAACAAGUGUAGUGAUGGAAUCUUCUGAAAAUGGCACAGAUUAUUCUCAGGAUGAUAUUGGCACCAUAGAGGGAACGCCUGACAACACAAUUUUGUCACGACAAACUUCUGUGAACCUUGUGCCAUUUAUAGGCCAAAGAUUUGUUUCCCAAGAAGCCGCUUAUGAAUUUUAUUGCAGUUUUGCAAAACAAUGUGGCUUUUCAAUUAGACGCCAUCGUACUCGAGGCAAGGAUGGGGUUGGUCGAGGAGUUACAAGAAGGGAUUUUGCUUGCCAUCGUGGUGGAUAUCCACAGAUGAAACCAUCAGAAGAUGGAAAGAUGCAGAGAAAUCGCAAAUCAUCACGCUGUGGUUGUCAGGCGUAUAUGCGCAUUGUUAAGCGGGCAGACUUUGAGGUCCCUGAGUGGCGGGUUACAGGCUUUAGCAACAUCCACAACCAUGAACUGUUAAAACCACAAGAAGUACGUCUCCUUCCUGCCUAUUGUACCAUAUCUCCAGAUGACAAGAUUCGGAUCUGUAUGUUUGCAAAAGCUGGAAUGUCAGUGCGACAAAUGUUAAGAUUGUUGGAGCUAGAGAAAGGUGUUAAGUUGGGGUGUCUACCAUUUACAGAAAUAGAUGUGAGAAAUCUUUUACAGUCUUUUAGAAAUGUUGAUAGAGACAGUGAUUCUAUUGAUCUUAUUGCAAUGUGCAAGAAACUGAAAGAUGAAAAUCCUAACUUCAAGUAUGACUUCAAAAUAGAUGGCCAUAACAGGCUGGAGCAUAUUGCGUGGUCUUACGCUUCAUCAGUUCAAUUGUAUGAGGCAUUUGGAGAUGCAGUGGUUUUUGACACGACCCACCGCCUAGAUGCCUAUGAUAUGCUAUUAGGCAUUUGGCUUGGAGUGGACAAUCAUGGAAUGACAUGCUUUUUUGGUUGUGUGCUGCUACAGGAUGAAAAUUUGCAGUCUUUUUCUUGGGCAUUGAAGACAUUUUUGGGCUUCAUGAAAGAAAAGGCUCCACAGACAAUAUUAACUGACCACAACAUGUGGCUGAAAGAGGCUAUUGCUAUUGAAAUGCCUGCAACCAAACAUGCCUUUUGCAUUUGGCAUAUCAUUGCAAAGUUUUCAGAUUGGUUUUCUGUAUUACUCGGAUCACAUUAUGAUGAUUGGAAAGCUGAGUUUCAUCGGCUCUAUAAUCUGGAAUCGCAGGAAGAUUUUGAACUGGGGUGGAGGGAAAUGGUGAAUAAAUAUGGACUCCAUGCAAAUAAGCAUAUUGUCAGCUUGUAUGCAUUACGGACAUUUUGGGCUUUAUCAUUCUUGCGUCGGUACUUCUUUGCAGGAAUGAUGAGCGCAUGUCAGUCAGAGUUGAUUAAUGCUUUCAUCCAACGGUUUUUGAGUGCACAGUCUCAACUGGAUCAUUUUGUAGAGCAAGUAGCUUAUAUUGUUGAUUUUAAUGACCGGAUUGGAGCAAAGCAAAAGAUGCAACGGAAACUGCAGAAAGUCAGCCUCAAAACUGGUUCACCAAUUGAAUCCCAUGCUGCCACUCUUCUUACUCCCUACGCCUUCUGUAAACUCCAAGAGGAGCUUGUGUUGGCUCCGCAGUAUGCAUCUCUUCAGGUUGAUGAAGGUAGUUUCCAGGUCAGACACCACACUCAGAUGGAUGGAGGGUGCAAAGUGAUAUGGGCUCCUUGUCAAGAGCACAUUAGCUGUAGCUGCUAUCAGUUUGAGUUUUCAGGCAUCCUCUGUAGACAUGUUCUACGCGUCCUGUCAACUAAUAACUGUUUUCACAUUCCAGAUCAAUACCUACCCACCCGUUGGCGCAGUGUUUAUUCAUCUUCCACCAACCCCUUCCGGACUGCAACUUCAAGAGAGCAUUCUGAGAAGAUUCAGUUAUUAGAAUCGAUGGCUUCAACCCUUUUAACGGAAUCAAUUGAAACGGAGGAACGCCUUGAUGUGGCUUGUGAGCAAAUUGCCAUGAUGUUAUCGCGUAUUAAAGAACUUUCUAGGUCAACACAUGGCAUGAAUGACAUUACCUAUAAUUGUCCAUCUGACUCGUUGAUUCUUCCAGAGGUGGAAGAUGCAGAUGGAAUUGUUCAGAGUUUUACAAUUGGGAAUCCUCAUGAUUCUCUCACUUUAGGAAAGCUUAAAGAGAGAAGGCCAAGAGAUGGAAUUGAUAUUACCAGAAAGCGGAGGCAUUGUUCAGGGCCUUGCUGUGGGCAUUUUGGACAUGAUGGAUCGGCCUGUUCAAUAAUGGGAGACGAUGAUUUGCAUGGAGAUGCACUAGGGUAUUUGUAGGGCAACACUGGAAAUGGUAGUAGAUGUACAAAACAAUAGUACCACCUUUGUCAGUGACCAUUGCCUUUCCAAGGCAUCAAUAUUAUUGGCAUUGCCCUUAUCAGAAGCCAUUUUUUUCUGAGUUGAAGAACUGAAAUGAAUGGGGAACUCUGGUAUGGAAAAAGCUGUAUGGUAAGUCUGCAAGUUUAUAGGGGUGGCCACCUAAGGAAUAUGUUGGAAACAAGUUGCUUGAGAAGGAGAACCACCUUUGUGGGGGUGCACAAAGAAUUCCCUCAAAAUUCGUACUCUUGGAAUAUGUUUGUGUUGUCUUGUCUACUUAGGAACCAAAGAUGCACCCAGGCACGUGUGACUUCUUGGUUCUAAGAGUUCUCAUAGAAGAUUACUCUUCACUCGUGCAACGCAGUGUGUUAUUCUAUGGAUCUGGCUUAUGCGGUUCUGGAUACAGCCCGAUGACGACACAUAUCCACCAUAUUCUGUUUUGGGACACGUGUUGGCAUCUGUAUGUGUCCUGUAUGGACAGAAGCUAGAUUUGUGGAAAAGCAUUCUUUGUGCUUGUAGUAAAACUGAAGCAAUAUUUGUGUAGCUGAAUAACCUCAACUGUAGUAGAUUUGAUUGAUUUUUACGGUUGAGAAGGCAUACAGUAAAACAUUUUGUUCUUGAGUGCUGCCUGCACAAAUCUAUCAGCAUGGGUGUCAAGAUUUCUGCUAACCUGUGUGGCUGUCUACUUGCUUCUUGUAAAAUCUCUAGCUCAAUCCAACGGCGAGACAUUUUGGGUAGUGAAAAGAAAGAACAAAAUGAAUAAGUUUAUAUGUCUGAUUCAGCUU